GGAAUGGACCAUUUGUCAGCCCGCUCACAAAGGCCAAUAAUCUCCCGUGACACGUGUGCCUCUCCCCGAUAAAAAGCGGUAACGUGUCGCGUUGCCGCUUGCUUCGUGGAAAAAGUUUUCCAUCGCGCACUUUCCACAGAGAGAACUUGAACGUCGGCCAAUACACACACACACACACAUAGCACGGGGGACAUUGACAAUCAACCGUUCGAGAGACUCUCACAUUCCUGUGAAGUAUUAAAUCGUAUUGAUCGUGCAUGUUGCUCUUAAUUACUUACUAGCUUUCGAGGUUUAUAUUUUACGAGAUAAAUGAAAAGUUGGUGAUUUUUAAACUCGAUCGCGUGUGCUUUUACGAAUCUGAUAAACACGUGAAUGUUUGCAAAAGAACGUCAUAAAAAAGAAAUUUGAAAAGAAACUUAACACAAAAGGACUGGUUGCUGAUAGUGAGUGGAAAAUGAGUAAAAUUGGAAGACAAAGCGAUACAGAGAAGAGGAUGUGAAGAGGAACAAAACGCGCCGUGAUACGACGCGACGAAGAUGAGAUCGGAAACUGUCUUCUGCCUGCUCUCGUUACUGAUUCUGUCGCUCAAUGAUCCUUCGUGGACUUCCGAAAUCAAAGGAUGCAAUCGUACCAUCAGAGAUUCCGUCGGCUGGAUUCGCUGGACAGGACGAAUGGGUCGAUGCAUUGUGCGCAUCAGAGCGCCACUUAGAGAUCCGCAGGUAAUCGAGGUGAAAGUCAGAAGACUACAGGUGGGCUUUCUGAAGGAGGCCCGGUGCGAGGGAGCCUAUUUUCAGUUUUCAGAUAGCGCUGACGAUUCCGACGACGAGACAGGUCGAUAUUGCGGCCACGUGACCGGAAAUAGUACCAAGCUAUUUCUGCGUCGCGGUCCCGAUCUAACGAUCACUCUGUCGUCGGACGCUCAGUUUGCCUCGGCGAAUCCGGUCAUCUUUUCCGCUCAAUUCUCCGUCCUUCCGGUUCGCUUGGCAAUCGAACGUCACCGCGGUUACUCCGCUUCCUCGUCGCCAACAUGCCCCGUGGAAUGUAUCGUACGCAACGAGCGCAGAUUCUGCAGAUUGUCGUCGCCGGAUUACCCCAGCGUCUAUCCACGCGGGAUUAGAUGCAGAAUCGCUCUAGAGUCGAGCGCCGGUCGGUUCAGAAUAGGCGGUCAUCCGGAAGAUGUUUUCGAUUUGAUGAACUACACCGAUCAGGAUAGCUGUCAGACAGAAAAUUGCGAAGACUCUUUCGAACUCAAAGGAAUCGAACAAUUGUUGUACGCGGGUCUUGGAAGAGUCGCAAGAAGUCAGAAUCUCAUCAAAGCGAACGACGAAUCUAUUAUUCUGGACGAUCGGUUGGGAAACAAUCACGGCAGUCGAAUCCCCGUGAUUGAACACACCGAAAAAACGAGCGAACAAUUAACGAGACGGCGGCACUACUACGAGAAAAAGUCGAUACAGCGGCACCGAGGAAAGCAAUAUCAUUCCGAAGAGUCACUGUACGGAUCCGGCACAAGCGAGCCGAGACUUCGCAUAAAACCCGUAGGUUCGAAGAUAACGAGAAAGGAUCAGCGAAGGGUCGUGCCGAAACGUUAUCCCAAUGGCGACACUGAAAGACCAAGCGAAAUCUUUGGCAACACGAUGGCGUCGACACGCAAAUAUCUCUGGGAUGAUCGAUCGUCGAGAAACGUCACGUGCGGCGGUGGCGAUUAUCUCGUGCUUCUGGAAAACGUGAACGGAAAGAUCCUCGAGAUCACCAAGUUUUGCGGAAGCGGCCGGGUGCCGCGCAUCUAUUCGCGGGGAAGAAACGUGAUCCUGGAGUUUUUUGCUCGCAAGGACGGCACGGUUACGCACAACGGAUUUCAGGUGACUCUGCAGGAGGAGCGUGUCUCGCAGGAGAUGAGACACGCGAAUUGCGCGUUUGUGUACAGGAGUUCCGAGCGCAAUAGCAAGGAAAACAUCAAAUCCCCACGGAGCUGGUAUCCGCCCAAUACCGUGUGUACCUACAAGUUCUUCGGUAGAACCACGGAAAGGGUAUCCAUCCAUCUCAAGAUUCUCAGAAACGAGUUCGAGCACGAGAAGCCGGAAGCUAAGCAAAACUUCAGUCUGAAUCAUUGCCCGGGCAAUGAAAUCACCGUUUAUAACGGAGUACAGACAAAUGGCAGCUUUCUGAUAUGGUCUUACUGUGAUGCGUCUCACUGGGACAUCAACAACAUCCAAGUACCUUUGACGUCUAGUGGAAACGAAUUAUUGAUCCGGUACACCAGCGCCAAGGGGUCCUACGAUGGUCAGGGAUUCACUUAUGUCAUAUCCUACCGAUUUGUCAAGAAAGAACAAAAUUUUAUUGGCACAAGACACAAGCACAGAUCUAUAUCUUUGAAACCCGUCAAUCUGUCGUCUCUUAAUCUAAACGGCACCGACAACUACAAUUGCGAUAACAAAAUUGACUCUUUCAAAAACUGGUUUGCAAUUUUAGUGGUUUUCGGUAUUGUGUCUUUUAUCGGAGCCGUCGUCACGAUAGCCACUCUAACUGCCAAAUGUUUAAAGAUCAAAUCUUCCGAGAAGAAACUCUUGCAAACCACAAAACAGUGAGAGAUAUAUCACGAGAAGAUUUUUUUUUAUUUCUUUGUCAUUUAUUAAUACUGUUGAUAUAAAUAAAAAACGACGAAAUAUCUCAGGAGUUUAUUUGCGAACGAAUGAUAUUUGGGGUGUGACUUUGUGAGGUGAAUUUUUGUGCAAAAAUCCGGCCAAAAAUAGAACAAGGUCCCACCGAGACUUGAACUCGGAUCGCUGGAUUCAGAGUCCAGAGUGAUAACCAUUACACCAUGGGACCUCGAUUGUUUUUCUCUACCAACUAUUAAAUAGCACAUGUAAAUACUUGGGAAAAAUUUUUUUUUGUACAAACGUCACGCGACAUUGAGACGAUUUUAUAAAAUUAGUUGAUUAAAACUCGUUUAAUAUCAUUUGUUCGCUUUUCCGCAGAAUGUAUUGACUGUGAAAUAAAGUU